GAGUGACGAAAUUACUGCUUUCAUUUAAAUUCUCUUCCACGGUUUUACUGCAUUUGAUUAUUGUUGCUAUUUUGCAUCAAUGGCGUACUUCACCACUACUAUAUAUAUGGUCAUGAUUGUGUUAACCAGCAUUUUAUGCCAAGAAGGAUGCCAACAAAUAACACAACCUCCGAAUGCAAUAGUAGUAUUAGAUGGAUCAGGCAAUUAUAUAUACGACAAUAUAAUAAUGGCUGCAGUCUCGGCAGCUCCAAACAACAGCAUUACAAAAUUAUACUACAUCGAUCCUAAUAAAACAAGAAACCUACAACGAGUAUGUCCAAAUCGAAGAAUGGAAAACAAACAUAGUUCUCGUCGGAGAAGGAAUGGACAAAACCAUAAUAUCAAGCUAUGGAGGUGGCCUCGGGACGUAUUACACAGGGGUGAAUGGGCAAGGAUUCAUGCAUGGCGCAAGACAUCACUUUUCGAAACAUUGCUGGAGCUCAGAUGCAACAGGCAGUAGCUUUAAGGCGACCAUGGGGUAACUACUGUGAUCAUGCAGAGUUACAUAGACCUAUUGAUAAAUCCAAAAGGCUGGAUAGAGUUUCAGGGAGAGCCCCUAGUUCGCCCAUUCUAUAUGGAAUUCAAAAAUAGAGGACCUGGUGCAAACACAACGGGACGUGUGAUGUGGGCGUGUGUCACUAAUGAUCCUAAGGUCUCAUCAAGUUCACUAUCAGGAAUUUUAUCUAGGGUGAUAAAUGAAUACCCUCCACAGUCCCACAUUACUUUGAUCUGCAAUGAAUGCAAAUGAUAUUGUAAUCCACGAUUUCUGCUAGUUAUAGCAGUAUAGUAUC